AUGAACCAUUCGGGAAGCGGUAAACGUCAGGCGAAGGUAUUGGAAGAUAAUUAUUGGGACUGUAGUGUCUGUACGUACAGAAAUACAGCAGAAGCAUUCAAGUGCCUAAUGUGCGACGUGCGUAAAGGUACUUCUACGCGGAAACCCCGCAUCAACCCUCAACUGGCUGCUCAACAGGCUGCACAGCAACAGUACGUGCCGCUGUUGAAGCCAGGAAAAAAAGAAGGCGGCAGUGGGAGCAGUACGACAAGUUCGUCGAAAGAUAACAAAGAACGCAAAUUGGAUAAGCCCAGGAGGAAAAACCGACAUCCGCCUAGGUUGAAAAAUGUCGAUCGCAGUACUGCGCAAACCAAUGAAGUAACUGUUAAUAAUGUUACCGUAAUUAUAACUGAAUAUAAACCUAAAGUUAAAAAGAACUCUGACCAGUCGGGCUUAUCGAGUAGUGCUUCUUCAGAGAAUGGAAGUCAGCAUGACUCAAAUCAAGACUCAAGGAGUCUAGAUAUUGGUACUGAUGCUUAG